UCUAAUAUAUCGACCUGAAUCUCGACCCACAAAUGUUUUAAUCACCCACAUAAACUCGACCAGUGGAGACUUUUACAGCGCGUUAGGUAUACAGUGUGUGUAUAAGGAUGUUACUGGAGGGUAAGGUUGCCCUGGUGACGGGAGGGGCGCAGGGUCUGGGCAAGGCUUUCUCCGAGGAACUGCUGAAGAACAAGGCGAAGGUCUGCAUAUGCGAUUUAAACACAAGGACUGGCGAGAAAACUGUCCGAGAAUGGACCUCAAAAUACGGAGACAACGUCGCCAUGUUUCUACGCUGUGACGUCACUAAUCAUGAUCAAUUUGAAGACGUGUUUAAGCUGACGAUCGCUCGGUUCGGGGGAUUGGACAUAGUCGUCAAUAACGCGGGGGUAGCGCUGGAAAACGAGUCCUGGAGAACGACCAUCAUGGUCAACGUGAUUGGAGUUAUAGAAGGGACCAAACUGGCAGACAAAUACAUGGGCAAGUCUUCCGGCGGUCGAGGGGGCGUGGUCGUAAAUGUAGCUUCUACAGCAGGUUUGACCCCGGUGUUUUUCAUGCCUGUGUAUGUAGCCUCCAAAUACAGUGUGGUCGGGUUUACAAGAAGUGUUGCUAUGAACCCUGAUAUCGGGAGGAGCGGCCUGAGGUUUGUCUGUCUGUGUCCGGGAUUUACCGACACUUCCAUGCUGUCCUCGGGACAGGACAGUGACGGAAUUUCCGGAAAUAAACUCGCCGAAGAAAUUGUAACAACGGGUGUGAAUACGGUCGAGUUUGUUGUGGAAGGUUUCAUGCAAUUACUCCUGACCGACGACAACAAUGGCGGAGUUAUGGCCGUCACCAAACAGCGCGGCAUCCGGUACCACGGCCGGCAGCGUAAAGUCAACAAACUGUAGACCGCUACCGCCAGCCACAGGAAGGCAGGUGCCCGCCGCCAACCACCGACAGGUGCCCGCCGACUACCAAGGAAGGAAGGCAUUUGUACUCUCCACGUACUGAACAUAAUGGACUUGUGUUGAUAUAAGAACUGUGAUAUAAAUUUAAUUAUACAUGUAAGAAAUAAGCCUUAUUGAUAAUGCUGAUGAUGUUCAUCAUCAUCAUCAUCAUCAUCAUCAUCAUCAAAAGGCGAUGAAUAACAUAUUUUGAAUCAACAUGAAUCAUCUGAGAUACUUGAGAUAAAUAUUUUUCUCAUAUUUGUUGUUCUUAUUAAAAGAUCAUGAUUUUUUACGCAAUUUAAAAGACAAUUUUGCAUAAUAUCAAAUGAAUAAAAUUCUGCAGCUUCUU